GCGCUCGCCAGCAUUUUCCUGUGAUCAUUUGACAAUAUCAUUUCGGCUGCGAACAUGCCUGAACCAGCUAAGUCAGCUCCUGCCCCGAAGAAGGGCUCCAAGAAGGCGGUGACCAAGGCACAGAAGAAGGACGGCAAGAAGCGCAAGCGCAGCCGCAAGGAGAGCUAUUCCGUGUAUGUGUACAAGGUGCUGAAGCAGGUCCACCCCGACACCGGCAUCUCGUCCAAGGCUAUGGGGAUUAUGAACUCCUUCGUCAACGACAUUUUUGAGCGCAUUGCAGGCGAGGCUUCCCGCCUGGCGCAUUACAACAAGCGCUCGACCAUCACUUCCAGGGAGAUCCAAACGGCUGUGCGCCUGCUGCUACCCGGGGAGCUGGCCAAACACGCGGUGUCGGAGGGCACCAAGGCUGUCACCAAGUACACCAGCUCCAAGUAAGCUAGUUACCUGGGUAAAAGCGCCAACAACCCAAAGGCUCUUUUAAGAGCCACCCAUGUUGUCAUUUAAAGAUCUGUAAUUUUCCAGACUUGGCAUUGGCAAGGUAAAAUGGCUAAGCAACACAUGGGAUAGUAAGGGUUUACUGAAACAUCCAAGUUCCGCCGGGCGCAGUGGCUCACGCCUGUAAUCCCAGCACUUUGGGAGGCCGAGGCCGUCGGGUCACCUGAGGUCAGGAGUUCGAGACCAGCCCCGCCAACAUGGUGAAACCCCGUCUCUACUAAACUACUCAAAAAUUAGCCGGGAGCGGUGACAGGCGACUUAAUCCCAGCUACUUGGGAGGCAGAGGUAGGAGAAUCGUUUGAACCCAAGAGGCGGAGGUUGCAGUGAGCCCAGAUCGAGCCAUUGCACUCAAACCUGGGGUAUAAGAGCGAGACUUCUCUCAAAAAAAAAUCCAGGUUCCUUGUUUUUUCCCCUGUAGAUAGUAAGGGUCACCAAGGAGUAAGCGCGUAUGCAGCUUAAUAUGACACAUUUCACUCAGCAGCUAAGGAAAAAUCGUGUUCUAGAUUGAUCCCCACUUUUCUUCUCCCCGCACACCACCAUCUUAAAACUUUGUUUUCGUUUUUAGUUUCACUUUAUCAUCCUAUUGCCCUUGAUUUGGAGUAGCCGGGUGGAAAUCAAGUUUGGGGUAGUAUUAAAUCUAAAAUAAGGUGUGAGAAAGCAAAACUCGUCUUUUAGUUCGUUGUUAGCUUGCAAAUGGUUGGAGCGGCAUAUGAUGGAGGAAAUCACCUAUUGGUUGCAUUUCUAAACCAUGGCAGAUCGCUACCAGACGUUCUCAUAUCCCCCUUCCAAGUCCACUGAUUUCUCUACAAAUUUUACUGAGUUUAUAGUUAUUGGAUUACUUCACGUAGCUAUAUAUAUUACCUUUUGGCAAGAUCAGGAACUCUACCAUCUUCCUAGCUGAACAUAUUAAGGUUUAAGAGAAAGAACAGGCAACAGGAUAGCCUGAAGUUGGAGCAAAGAAAUGAAAAUUGCCGAUGCUACAUUCAGAUGCUUUUAUCUGUAAGCCUUUUUAAGGCUCCAAGGACUGUGUUAUCCCUAAACCUCCUCCUCCGUGUCCCGGAACAACUUUGUCCACAGCUACUUCCUUUCCUGAAAUUUCAUUUUAAGAGAGGAGGGUUAGAAGGAAUUAACAUUUGUGUGGUAGUCCUUAGAAUGCAUUAUUUCAUUCAUUGAUUUUUCUUUUUCCUACAGUCAGCUGUGAAAUGGAAUCUCCGCUUUUACAGGUGAAUGACCUCAAGAAUUAAGGUUAAGUAACUAGCCCCUUACACAUAAAUAAAACUGAGAUUUGAAUCUACUCUGAUUCUAAGGAUUACUUCCCACUAUUUGUUAGAGACCAUCCCAAGCAGGAGCCUAGUUGCUGUCAUAGGAGUCAGGAAAUUUAGGCUCAAUUGUAAUAAAAGAAAACUGGUCAGGAGAUACACAUAUUCUUUGUUGCACAGCAAAGUCCUUACACCAGCAAAAGUUUCUUUUAAAAAUAAAAUAAUAUUAAUGGUGACCUUUGGGCCCUAAAGAUCACCUGGCAGCAAGUUUAACUUUUCUGAGCACUGUAUUCUGGUGGGGAAACCAUGGGCAUUAUCAGUGUAAAUGUGAGCUCUAAAAUCUUAUUUUCUAUUUAUUACCUACAUGUCAUUAUCUGCAAAUACCCACAUAGCAGCUUACCGUGAACAUUAAGUGACCAAAAUUUGUUUUUAAUUUUUCGUUAUGAGACGGUCUCACUUUGUCAUCCAGACUGAGGUGUAGUGACACAACCACAGCUCACUGCAUUCAACCUCCCUGGCUAGUGUUCCCACCUGUCUCCCAAGGAGCAGGCACUAUGGGUACGCACCAUCACACCCGUUUAAUUUUUUUUUUUUUUUUAAUGAUUUUUGUAGAGCCAGGGUCCCACUGUGUUGCCCAGGCUAGUCUCAAAGUAAAUUUGUAAUGGAAUUUGUGAAGAAAAUUCUCUAAGCCCCAAAUAUAACUAAGGCAUUCAUUUCUUGCUCUCCAAAGCUAAUUUUAAAUACAUUUUAAAUUAUAUAUUCAUGAAAUAUUCAAGCAUGGAUUAAGGGGGACAUCACUCAGGAAGUGAUAUAGUCCUGAUUGCCUGUUUCUAUCCUAAGUUGGGGCAAUUUAUCUAAUUCUUUUGUAAGCACUUCCUUACCUGUUUAUUCCAAACAGGAAUAAUAAUUAGUAACUACUGCAUGACAUUGCUGGAGUGACGAAUCAAAGAACACACCUAAAGCACUUAGGACCGUGUCUGUACAGAGAAUGACCCCCUAAAUAUUAGCUGUGGCUAAGCCUCUGGUUGGAGUGAUAGGGAAGGUGACUUUGGUCCUGCCCACAUUUAAAGCCCAGAGUCCUGAGGCCUGGAAUAAUUAGCAUUUGAUGUGAAAUGGGCUUGUCUGGCAGUGUAAAUAAUACUCUUUGAACAGUUCAAUCCCCUCUUUAAAGCCAUUGCUUUCCUCCGAAGCAUUUUGAAGACACCCUACUGCCUGUGGCUGUUUGAUUUCCCUAUCGUUGCUUGCCAAUUCAAGCAACAUGUCUCACAUUUUCCAGGGACUGUCUCAUGCCCUCACUGGAACUAGGGGUGCCUCAUUUAAUGGUCGGAUGUGUUGAGUUAUAAGGAAGGAAACCUAGAAAUUCACAUAAGAAGUGCUUAGUACUUUACUCCUUUUUUCUUCCCAAGUUUCCUAUUAACUUUGCUAACCUUGCUACAUUUAUUUUCCAUCCAUUUGUUGACUAGGUUUCCCUCAUAUACCUCCAAAUCACAGCCCUGUUUUCAGAUGAACUUCUGCACCUUAAUAAGUGUGUUCUUUAAUUGGAACAUAGGAAAUUGGCUGGCUAAUGAGGGCCACACUUUCCUGAAUCCAUUGUAUCCCUGAGACAUAGGUCACUUCAAAGGAAACUGAUUGGUGUAAAUUCCUGGCCUGAAAAGCUGAAGAACACCACCUCACCACUAGAGAAGUAACAUCAUUUUUAGGCUCUGAUUUGAGUAGCUGCUACCAUUGUAUUUGUCACUCCUGCGGUAAUUUCUGAAAAGAACCAAGAAGUUACUAUCUCCCAUCUACCCUCAGCAGUGUAUAUCUUGAUGGUAUUCAGAACAUACUAUCUCAAAAUAUGGCCCCUUGACAUACUGAAUAUUUUAAGGCGAAAGAAUAUGAGAAGCAUCGUGGGCAGGAAGGUCUGUCUGAUUUUUCCCAACUCUUCUCCCCUGAAGCAGGUCAUAGGACCCUCAUAUGAGUCCUAGAGAGUCUGAGAGAAAUCUGAACAAAAAGACCUUGCUAGGUUUCUGUUUUACCCUUAGCUGACAGUCUUCUUUUUGUCCUAUUAUAUUUCUGCAUGACUCUCCACUCUUCAUCAAACCUAGUGUAAAAAUACUCAGGUUUACUCCUUCUCCAGGUCUUCAUUUCCUUACGAAGCCUCCCAUGUCAUGUGAAAUUUAUAUUAAAUAAAUGUUGUAUUAGUCCAUUCUCACACUGCUAUAAAGAAAUAACUCAGACUGGGUAAUUAUAAAGAGAAGAGGUUUAAUUGGCUCAUAAAACCGCAGGCUGUACAGGAAGCGUAGCAGCUUCUGCUUCUGGGGAGACCUCAGGGAGAUUCUACUCAUGGCGGCAGGCAAAUGGGAAGCAAGGCAUCUUACGUGGUGGUGCAGAAGCAAGGGGGAGAGAAGGUGGAGGUACCAUACCCUUUUAAACAACCAGAUCACAAAACUCACUAUCCCAACAGCUCCAAGAGGGUGGUAUUAAACCUUGAGAAACCACCCCUGUGGUCCAAUGACCUCCUACCAGACCCCACCUCCAACACUUGGGAUUGCAACUGAACUUGAGAUUUGGGUGGGAACACAGAUCCAAACCAUAUCAAAUGUAUAUGCUUUUCUCUUGUUAAUCUGUCUUUUGUUACAGGGCCCCAGCCAAUGAAUUUCAGAUGGGUAGAAGGGAAAGCUGUUUUCUUCCCUACAGCACACAGUAGGUGUGGGCGGGCAUCUGUGUUCUGUAUGUCUGUCUUUCUAGGGUAGGGAAGCAGACAUAACACUGAAAAAAUGCAGAGAAAAAUAAUCCCAGAAUGAAAAUGUUUGAGAUGUGUAUUCGUUUGCUAGGGCUGCCUUAACAAAGUACCACAGACUGAGUGGCUUAAACAUUUAUUUUUUCACAAUUCUGGAGGCUACAACUCUUAAGAUUAACCCUGUGAGCAGGGUUGAUUUCUUCUGAGGUCUCUCUCCAUGGUGUGUCAGUAACUGUGUUCUCCCUGUGUCUUUCACAUUAUCUUUUCUGUGUGUGUGUGUCCAGUCUUCUUUACUUAUAAGGACACCAGUCAGACUGGAUUCAGACCCACCUCAAUAACUUCAUUUUAUAUCUUUGACGACCCUAACUCUAAAUGCAGUCAUAUUUUCAAGGACUUCAACAUAUGCAGCAGGGAGGAGGGUAAAUCAGUCUAUAACAAGAAGUGCAGUAAUUAGUCUUCCAAAUACUGUAUGAACUAAGUAUUCCACAGGUGGCUCAAACCCAGCAGGACCAAGACUGGCCUCAUUAUCCUCACAGCUCUGCUUAUCCAAGUUUGAAAUCUGGUCCUCAUCUAGAUUACCACCAUCAUUUUCAUCAUAUAUUUAAUAAUAUAUAAAAUCUUACUCUAUUGAUUCUAUUUUAACAUCAUAUUUUUGUUUAUUGUGGCUAAAAAUUGGAAAUAUGUUGAAGAGCAGGAGUUUCACUAAAAAUAGGUUUUAUCAGCCUGGCACGGUAGCUCAUGCCUAUAAUCCCAACACUUUAGGAGGCCGUGGUAGGCAGAUCACUUGAGCCCAAGAGUUUAAGAGAGCCUGGGCAACAUGGUCCCAUCUCUACAGAAAAUACAAAAAUUACUCUGGUGUGGUGGUGUGCACCUGUAGUCCCAGCUACUCAGGAGACUGAGGCAGGAGGAUCACUUUAGCCAGGGAGGAAGAGGUUGCAGUGAGCCAUGAUCCUGUUAUGGCACUCCAGCCUGAGCAACAGAGAGAGACCCUGUCUUAAAAGAAGAAAAAAGACAAAAAUGGUUUAUGCAUAAUGAAAUACUGUGCAGCUAUUAAAACUAAUGUCAAAAAAAUAAACAUAAAAUAUGCUUGAAGGAUAGUACUUUGGGAAAGGUGCCAAAUCAUAUAUGCUCAUUUAUAUUAAUAUAUCAUACACAUGUGUAGUAUAGUUAGUUACAGGAAAAAAAACUGACUAGAAGGCUCAAUGCCAAAAUGUAAACAAUUCUGUUGCAUUCUUUGGGAUGAAAGAAUCAGCUCCUCUGGAGAGAACUUUCUCUAUUUGGCUGUCUCUAAAACACCCAAUAGUGUGGUUAAGAAAAAGGAAGUUCUCCAUUAAGCCCUUUCCUUUUCCAAGUUUCCCUGUCCUAUGUUAAGAAAAAUAGAAGUAAUUUUUUUCUUUUUUCUACUGCCUCCAUAUUUGCAGGAAAAAAAAUUAAUUGAACAAAUAAUUAUUGAACACCAACUAUGUACACAGUAUUAUUCUAGGUUUGGUAUAUAAAAAAUUAAUAGGAUAAUUUUAAGAUACAAUUCCUUACUAAGGAAAUUGAAAAACAAGGCAAAAGUAUCCUAGCAUUAAAGGAAAGAAUAGAGUAAGAUUAGUGAACCACUUAAUAAUCCAUGUGACUAUAUGUUCUUGUUUAUAAAAUAAUGCACUAGUGACCUCAAAGAGGAUCAAAUGGGAAAGUCAAGCAAAACUUGCAGUAUUAGUGUAAGGACCAGAAAAGCAUAAGGAAUUUUAAUGCCAAGCAAGCAACAUUUCAAGGCAAUGGUUACCUCCAGGGGAAGUAGUGGGAGGAUGAGAGAUGAGGUCAAAGUUGUUAUUUGUAAUAUUUGUUAUACCUGGUUGGCAACUGGGUUCAAGCAUGGUCAUCAUAUUAUCCUUUAUAACUUGUAUAUGGAUUUAAUACUUUUUUUUUUUCAGACGGAGACUUGCUCUGUCACCCAGGCUGGAGUGCAGUGGCGCAAUCUCAGCUCACUGCAAGUUCCGCCUCCCAGGUUCACACCAUUCUCCUGCCUCAGCCUCCCGAGUAGCUGGGACUACAGGCACUCGCCACCGCGCCCAGCUAAUUUUCUGUAUUUUUAGUAGAGAUGGGGUUUCACCAUGGUCUCGAUCUCCUGACCUCGUGAUCCACCCACCUUGACCUCCCGAAGUGCUGGGAUUACAGGCGUGAGCCACUGCGCCCGGCCUACAUUCUUUUAUAUGUAUCUAGAAUUAUAAAUUUUAAAGCAAAUAAAGAAACAAUAAUCAACAAAUGUAUUCAUGGAAAAGUCAUCUCGCCUUCCAUAAAAAUACAGAACCUCCAUAAAUAUUGCUGGUAUUAGAAAUUUGGUUACACAAAAGGCAAUCUCCCCUUAUACUCUGAAAGUCUGUAGAUGCUCAAAAGACCAGGCACUUUACAAAAAUCACCGCUAAUAUACAAGACUUGCUGUGUAAAGGAUAGUUCUUUAAAUAUCUUCCUUUUCUGCCAGGAGGACAUAACCUAACAUGUACACUAAAGUAUUUCAUUUUAUCAAUUGUAAAUUUAGAUUUAUAUUCAUUUUAUUUAUAUUCAUCUAGGCACUUAUUAACACAUAAUUUCAGUCUAAUAUGCUCAGUGCAAGAACUAGUUUCAUGAAAGAUGCUAGAACUGUGACAUAAUCAGAACCAAAGCAGGGAGGGGAGAUUUUGUAUGGUUCCCUGCUGUCCAGAAUAAAGUCUACAUUCCUGUCACUGGCCUAACAGGCCUCUAACAUCUGGCACCAAGCUGGGAACUAUCACUUGUGAUACUGACUUGAAUUAUACUCAUCUGACAUUCCAUAUAAUAUUCCAUUCCUGCUUUCCUUUUCAUAAGCAUAUGUUUUCACUCUCCAAAUAGACUGCAGGAUCCUUAGGAGCAGGGAAAAAUAUAGUGGGAAGGCCAUGGGGAAGGGAGCGGGAUUGUAAUGCCAGUGGGGUCACAACCAGCCUCACACAGAGGGUGUUAUUUGAAAGAAGUGAGGCAGCAACACUUAAAUCUAGAAGCUGAGUUGCCCACACAAAGGGAACUGUCAAUAUAUAGUCCCUGAAAGAGAUACAUACUUACAGCAAGUUCGAGAGGCUAGCGGAGCUGGGCGAGGAAAGAAAGGAGUAGUGGGAUUUGAGGCCAAAGAGAUAACAAGAUCCGGAGAGUGAGGCCUUGCAAGGUACUGAAAGGACUUUGGGUUUUCUUUUUAGCGAAAUAAGAGUCAUUGGAGGGUUUUCAGCAGAAGAGUGAC